AUGAAUGGUGAAAAUCUGGUGCCACACUAUUUCUUUUUUCAGGAAGAAAGAAGGAUUCACAAGCUUGAGAGCAUUCGGGCUGUGCAGAGGCAGAGAGCCGCUGAAACAGCGUCACGGCCCUCGAUCAAUCCUACGUCUGCGCGGAUCUGCCGUUCCCGCUCUUAUCAUGGGUUCACUUCGAGUUCCAUUGGAUCUGGACGAGGCCAUAAGGAUCGGCUGCUGGAAUCGAAGCACUGUUUCAAGGAAGAACAGUGCCAGCAGGCUUUCGUCCCAUGUAUCAACAAGUGA